UCCGACCGCGCACCGUCCCUUCAAACCCUAAUUCCCCCCCGGAACAGUCAGAUGAGGCUGAACUGCGGUGGUGAAUCCAAGGGACACGCACGGCCGCGGAUACCCCGCACGUCCCCACCCCGGGCAGAGGCCGGCCCAGGACCGCGGGGCCGGGGCUGAGCCAGCCGGGCUCUCCCAGAGCCUCACCCGGCCGAGCCCCGGGGCCCAGGGGAAGUAUGAACACCGACAGUGGCUCCAGCUGACGGGUUUGAAAGCACCCCCGCACACACCUGCGGCAUGGCUCUGCUGCUCGCCUGGGCUUGUGUGGCUGUGAGCGUGGGGACGGCGCUGGGGGACCAGGGCGACGGGGCGGACCUCUACUCGGAAAAUAUCACUCGGAUCCUCGACAAGUUGUUGGACGGCUACGACAACAGGCUCCGACCGGGAUUUGGAGGCUCUGUGACAGAAGUCAAGACGGACAUCUACGUGACGAGCUUCGGGCCGGUGUCCGACGUGGAGAUGGAAUACACAAUGGAUGUCUUCUUUCGUCAGACAUGGACUGAUGAGAGGUUGAAGUUUAGUGGGCCAACUGAAAUUUUGAGGUUGAACAAUUUAAUGGUCAGUAAAAUUUGGACACCAGACACAUUUUUUAGAAAUGGAAAAAAAUCAAUUGCUCACAAUAUGACAACUCCUAACAAACUUUUCAGAAUUAUGCAGAAUGGAACUAUUCUUUACACAAUGAGACUAACCAUUAAUGCUGAUUGUCCUAUGCGGUUGGUGAACUUCCCAAUGGAUGGACAUGCUUGUCCGCUGAAAUUUGGAAGCUAUGCUUAUCCAAAAAGUGAAAUAAUUUAUACUUGGAAAAAAGGACCAUUGCAUUCAGUAGAAGUACCACAGGAGUCUUCCAGUCUUCUCCAGUAUGACCUCAUAGGACAAACUGUAUCUAGUGAAACAAUUAAAUCUAACACAGGUGAAUAUGUAAUCAUGACAGUUUAUUUCCACUUGCAAAGGAAGAUGGGCUACUUCAUGAUACAGAUAUACACUCCUUGCAUUAUGACAGUCAUUCUUUCUCAGGUGUCUUUCUGGAUUAACAAGGAGUCUGUUCCAGCCAGGACAGUUUUUGGCGAAUAUUCACUCCAGCUGCUCUACUUCCAUCUUCAAAGGAAAAUAGGCUACUAUCUCAUUCAGACAUACAUUCCAUGCAUCAUGACUGUAGUCCUGUCUCAAGUUGUGUUUUGGAUCAACAAAGAAUCUGUUCCAGCAAGAACCGUGGCUGGAAUCACUACAGUUCUCACAAUGACCACUUUAAGCAUCAGUGCUCGUCAUUCUCUGCCCAAGGUGUCCUAUGCCACCGCCAUGGAUUGGUUCAUAGCUGUGUGCUUUGCCUUUGUCUUUUCUGCACUUAUUGAGUUUGCAGCUGUCAACUACUUCACCAAUCUCCAGACUCAGAGAGCGAUGAGGAAGGCAGCCAGGGCAGCAGCACUGGCAGCAGCACUAUCAGCAGCAACUGUACCGGCAGAGGACGAGAUUGUGUCGCAUUCUGACUCCAACUCUAACCUGAAGAAGCGAGUAAACUCCAUAACGUCUCAGGCAGAGCAGUCUCCUGAACCCAGCGUAAUGUCAAAUACUGCAUCCCAGUGUCAACCACCAUCUGUUCCUCCACAAGCCCCACCGCAACCACCAGCUAUUGGAGGUGCAAGUAAAAUAGACCAGUAUUCCAGGAUCCUCUUUCCAGUGGCGUUUGCAGGAUUCAACCUGGUGUACUGGGUUGUUUAUCUUUCAAAAGACACUAUGGAAUUUUUUGAACCUUCUGCAAUGCAUUUUCGAAAUGACCCUCAGUCGAACUGACGAACAGCUCAAGAUUUCAAAGAAAUCACUCAAGGUCGCCGAGGAUUGAAGAAACUUUAAAGGAUUUGUCUGUCCACAGGUGCUUUCAGUUUUCAAACAGGAAAUACUUACAUUGGGCAUUACCUGGAUCCAAACUCUGGACAAAUCAAGAGCUGCAAACUGCUUAGGGUUCUAACAAUAUUUUCUUAAGAUUUCUUACAGUGAUUCUACUACAAAAAUUCUUGUUAAAUUAUUUUGUUUAAUUGUCAAAGGAAAGAAUGUUCAUUUGUUCUAAAACAUUCAUAAACAAUUGAAUGUUUACAUUUAUAUGAAACAUUAAUAAAAGGAUUUGGAUUUUUUUAAUAGAAUAAGGAUUUCUAAACUUAGCUGAUUCUGAAAUGGUAUAACUUGGCAUAUAAUUUUACAGGAGAUACAGAGAGUUGCUAAAUAGUCACUAUUUCCUUGAAAUCUAGUAUUUCAACGUAUAAAAUGGUAGUAACUUCGUGAUUAGGAAGGAACUUAAAAGUGUUGUAGUAGCUCUUGGUAUUUAACAACACAUUUCAACAUGAGCACAAAGACUGCUCAUCCUUUUUUCCGAAGAGCUUUUAAUGUGAAUAUGACAGAGGAGGGUUGGAUCUCCUCAGGUUUUUUGAAUGGUAGGAAGGGAAUGUGUAUUUUUCCUCUUACAUACUUUGUAGAGACACAGGUGUAAUCAAUAAUGUUAAUAAUGUCAAGUUGUAUCUUAGAAUAAAUGUAAUUACUUACAAUUAAUGUCAGUUUUAAACAAUCCUGUUUAUGGUCAAACACUAACCAACCAAGCAAGUAAAAGUGCAGCUAAAUAGAAAAAGGUUUUAUAUAUUUAUGUAUAUAUUUCUGUGUGCAUAUAUACAUAUGUAUUUCUGUAGAAAAUAUAAAUAAUAAAUAAAUAAUACUAUAAUAAAUUAUAUAUAUUUCUUUCCUUAGCACAAAUCAAAAGGAAAUAAAGGGAUAUGGGUUUCUUCCAGUAUUUUUGCCUUUACUGCAAUAGGAAGAGCAGGAGCUAAAGUUGCUCUAAGAUGGGAAUUCCUAUGUGUUAAACAGGGUACUGCGGGGAGAAGAUGUGCAAUUACCUUGAGAUAUUCCAUUAUUCAACACCAACCUACCUUUCUAUGGAUCCUGGUAGAAAGGAUGCUCUGGUUUUAUCCCACACAAAGUGACCAAAUGUAGCUUACAUUCAGUUUUGGCAUGUUCUGCUUGAUCAGAAGUGCAAGAAACAGGAUGACUAAGAACACAAUUACAAAAUUAUGUCAUAGUACAUUAGAACCUUCAAUUACAUAUAAAAGUUUAUUAUUCUUGAUCUGGGCUCUCCUCCCCAUUAGUGUUUUCAUAAUUUCUAGGCCAAAUAAAAACCCAGCAGUUUUAAGACAUAGAAACUAAACAAUGACACAGAAGAUCAGCCUUGAGACCAUCCACUUCUGUGUUCAAAGGGUAGUCCUCCCCAGCAGCUAAAGCAGGAGCUGCAUAAACCCCAUAAAUGUGAAGAAAAAAGUCUUGAUGAAGGGUACUGUCCAGUGUUUUGAUAUUUUGAUGCUACCUGUCAGGUUACAAACUCAAGGCCUUUCUCUUACAUGCAAAUAAAAUUCAGAGGUGACUUUGUCAUU